UCGAGAUCAUAGUCGUUAACUGUCAGGCAGUCGGUGCACGAGCAUUUGUUUUUUGAAGAAAUCUUCGAACGAGCGUGAAAACUAGAGUGCAGAAAUUAGAUCGAGUCCGUUGGGAAAGAACGAUCGAGUCAGAAGUUUGAAUCGCAGAGUGUAGUGUUCUGAUUCGCUAAAGACUGUUCAUUUGGAAAUCUUCCCUGAAGUGGGCGAAGACUUGCCAGAGUAUAGUGAUAAAUAUAUUCAAUCAAAAGUGAACUAAUCUAGUCGAGUGAUUCUAGUUCAUUAGUUAGAUUUCCACAAUACGAGUGAUAAUUAUCGACAAUGUAUCGUUUUAUCGCAGUGUUGGUGAUAGUCUCCGUGGUGCAGGCGUUAUCUGUUGACGAUCGUACUGUGGAUGUCAACAUCAACGUCGAAAAGAACUCCAACACCUAUUUCCAAAGCAAACUUAACGAAGGAUCCUUCCAGUACGGAUUGGAUGUGGAAGAAACACUCGACAAUCACUUCCAGCAUAAGGUCAAAGGUCCAGACGGCGUCACGUACGGAUGCUACGGAUUCGUAGAUCCCGAUGGUAAGCCACAUCUGACGCACUACGUUUCCGACAUAAAAGGAUAUCGAGUGGUGCCUCCGGAUUCUGCUACCAAGAUCUACGUCGAUCGGUUGGAGAAGAGCAUCAACAAAGUCUACCAAGCUUCCCAAGAGAAGAACGUCCAAUGGAAGGAUCUCUUUUUCCCACCAGCCUGCAGGACAUUGUACGCGGAGCUACUGAAGAAGGCUGCCGCUACUCAGCGUCCCACAACUGCUCGUCCCACGACUCCCCGUGCCACGACUCCUCGCCCGACAACUCCACGCCCUACCACCCCUCGCCCAACCACCGCUCGCCCCACCACUCCGGCACCAGUUCAAUUCGAGCCGGAAUUCGGAGGCAGUAACGUGCACGAAUCCUUCCUUCCCCACGAAACCGCACCAGCACCAGCAGCGGAGUGUUCGCAAGUUUGCAACGACCUGAAGGGAGAACUUCAGGAAAUCAAGCUCAAGCUGAAGAGCCUCAUCGAUAGUCUGGCCCGGAAGGAUGCCGAAGAAAGCAAGCGGAAAUCUGGAGAUAACGGAACCUAUGCGUACUUCCCGGUUAUGCUCAGUAACAACCUUCCAGAGGGAGUUGCGUUCGGACAGGGGCUUCAGUGCGGGCGACAGUGAGGAGGCUGUGAAAUUUCCAUGAAAUAUUGCAGGUUGUGAUCGAAGCCAAGGGGAGUGCAAUGUACAUAAUUUAGAAUUACGGUCUAGUUUAAGCUUGGAUGAGUGGAGAAUUGUAUGCGUGGUAAGGUUAACAUUAUAUGAAAAGUAGUAUGAAAAUUUC